GUGGUGAACCCAAAGACAAGAGUAUGUUUAACUGUUAUAUUAUAUCUUUCUUAUGGAUAUCGUGAGUUUGGAAUUAAAAAGAAAAAGGAAAAUGAUGGAAGAAGAAGGUAGGAAGGAAGAAGAUGGUAAGAGUACUUCACUUGUAGUUUUGAUAACUGGAGUGAGCAGAGGGUUAGGACGAGGUUUGGCUUUAGAAUUGGCAAAGCUUGGCCAUACCAUUGUUGGUUGUUCUCGUAAUCAUAACACUCUUCAUUCUCUUCAAACACAGCUCUCUUCUAUCUCCACUAAACAACACUUGCUCCUCAACCUUGAUGUGACUUCAAAUAGUGGUGUGGAAGAUCUACUUCAAGCUGUCCUUCAAACAAAUCUCAUUCCUGAUAUCCUUGUGAACAAUGCUGCUAUAGCGAAUGAGAAGUCAAAGUUUUGGGAGAUUCCACAAAAGGAUUUUGAUUCAGUGAUUGAUACAAAUAUCAAAGGAACAGCAAAUGUACUACGUCAUUUCAUUCCUCCCAUGAUCGCAAGGGAGAAGAAAAUUAUUGUGAACAUGUCUUCAUUAUGGGGAAGAAUUGGAGCUCCUAUGUUCUCAUCGUAUAGCGCAUCAAAGUGGGGAAUUGAGGGUUUGACGAAAUCGAUUGCAGAAGAGCUACCAAAGGGAAUGGCUAUUAUUGCACUUCAUCCUGGUACUGUAAACACUGACAUGCUCCACAUCGCCUUCGGUGAUUUGGCUUCUAACUACCAAAAUCCUCAACAAUGGGCUUCCAAAGCAGCAAGAAUGAUUCUUAAUCUUACUGCAUUAGACAAUGGAGCAUCUCUCACAGUUGAAGAUCCAGAGGCACUUUGCUCAGAGUAGUUUUCUCUUUAUUCAUUUUUAGAGCCUACUGAGAUCUUCUCUAGUUUUUAUAUAUAAAAAUAAACUAAUACACUUGGUUGGUCAUUUGGUACUUAAUGCAUUAAUGUAAAAGUUUGUAUUAACUCGUUAAGUGUUUUGUAAAAGACAGGUGUGCAAAUAAAAGAGAUGAAAUAUGAGAUUUUAAAAAUAGGCGUUUGGAACUUCAA